AUGACACUCCGAAACAAGUUGAAACCCCCAAGCAAGAUGACACUCCGAAACAAGUUGAAACCCCCAAACAAGAUGACACUCCGAAACAAGUUGAAACCCCCAAGCAAGAUGACACUCCGAAACAAGAUGAUACGCCGAAGCAAGUAGAAACCCCCAAGCAAGUUGAAACUCCGAAGCAGGAUGACACUCCGAAACAAAAUGACCCUCCAAAACAAAAUGACCCUCCAGAACAAGUUGAUACCCCGAAACAAGAUGAGCAACCAUCCACGAAAACAAUCUUACCUACUAUCACUGCACCCGACGAAUUAAUAACACCGACUCCUACUCCGACUCCCAAAAAUCCGAAUAACGAUGAUAAAAAGAAAGAAAAACCAACAACAAAAUUUACAACGUUUACAACAACAUAUACGACAGUUAUUCCUGGUACAACAAAGUUUGUAACAACGACGGACAAUGAAGGUGAACCUUCAACCUUCGCUUCCUAUAUGCCUCCGAGUACGGUGGUCGUCGUAAAGAAAGUGACAUCACCCAUGAUUGAGCCAACAGACAUUGCUCAAGACUUUGGCAAUAGUAAUAGCAUCAUUUUGAAUAGGAGUCAUGGAAUAUGGAGUAUUGCAAUAAGUUUUCUAAUCGGAACAGCCAGUUUCAUAUUCAUUACGCUUGUUUAA